UGUGCUUCCGAGGUCAGUACAGUAAUUGUGACAUAAGUAGAUAUCACAUGAUAAUUAUAUAGAUAGGACUGGACUAGCCUCGAUUCCAGGCCGCUCUAAUUGUUUAGGCCUUGAGAUCGAGAAGGCCAAGGAGGCUAGGACUCGACUGGACGUAUGAUUUGUGAUACGAUGGCUUUUCAAAAGUGCAUGUGCGUAUGUUUGGCUGUGGUGCUGGUUGUGUGCUCGAUUGUAGCUGCUAGCAAGCCUGCAUUAAAGGAUGAUUUUCCAUUCCGAAAUGUCUCGUUACAAAUUCCAGAGAGAGUCAAGGAUCUGGUGGACAGGUUAACUCUAGAUGAGAUGGUUCUGCAAAUGUCCAGAGGAGGAGCUAGCAAAAACGGUGAGCAAAAAACCAUUAUCAUAAUAGGUGUUUAUUGUUUAUUUCUUUCAUUUGGGCCGGGUUUAGGUCCAGCUCCAGCCAUUUCCAGACUGGGUAUCAAUCCAUACCAAUGGGGAACUGAAUGUUUGAGUGGAGAUGUGGAUGCCGGACCAGCAACUUCUUUUCCUAUGGCUAUAGGCAUGGCUGCAACAUUCAACUUCGAUAUUGUUCAUGCUGUUGCUUCCGCAAUCGGUGAUGAAGUUCGUGCUAAGAACAAUAAAUAUGUGUCUGACGGUAACUAUGGGUUCCACACUGGAUUGAGCUGCUGGAGCCCUGUAUUGAACAUCCUCCGUGACCCCAGAUGGGGCAGGAAUCAGGAAACGUACGGAGAGGACCCCUACCUGUCUGGCUAUUUGGCUAGAGCCUAUGUGACGGGGCUACAAGGAGAUGAUGAACGCUAUGUAAAAGCAAAUGCUGGGUGCAAGCAUUUUGAUGUCUACGGUGGACCUGAAAAUAUUCCAAUCAGCAGAUUUGACUUCAAUGCGAAGGUGUCUGAGCAAGACUGGCGGAUGACCUUCUUGCCACCGUUCAAGGCUUGUGUAGACGCAGGAGCCUGGAGUCUCAUGUGCAGCUACAACAGUAUCAAUGGAGUGCCUGCCUGUGCCAACAAAAAACUUCUUACAGACAUACUUCGGAUGGAGUGGGGAUUUAAAGGCUAUGUGGUCAGUGACCAAGGAGCCAUUGAGAUAAUGAUCACCAACCACCAUUACACCAACAACUCUGUGGACACUGCUGCUGCCGCUGUUAAUGCUGGUACUUGUCUUGAGGAUGCUAACUCUGCAGACAAUGUGUUCUCCCACAUUGGAGAAGCUGUGACUCAGAAUAAAAUUUCGAUGGACACAGUAAAAGAUGCUGUGAGUCGUCUUUUCACUGUCAGAAUGAAACUGGGAGAGUUUGACCCUCCAGAAAUGAACAAGUACACCAAGCUAAAUCAGUCGGACUUCAUUCAAAGCAAAGAACACAUCCAGCUUGCUCAUGAUAUGGCUGUUCAGUCGUUUGUCCUCCUUAAGAACAAUAUGGACACUGGACUGCCACUCACCAAGCAGUACAACCUAGCAUGUAUUGUUGGACCUAUGAUCAAUAACACAAAUGGGUUCUAUGGUGACUACAGUCCUAUCCCUGAUCAUGUUGUUACACCUCUGAUGGGCAUUCGAGAUCUAACAAAGGCUGUGAAGCAAAUCAGUGCCAAUGUUGGUUGCACUGAUGGUCCCACUUGCAAUUACUAUAACGGUUCGUCUGUCAAGAACGCUUGCAGAGAAGCAGAUAUUGCAUUUGUGUGUCUUGGUAAUGGAGGUAAAGUUAUUGGUCAUGAAGGAAGCGACAGGUCAAAUAUUGACUUUCCUGGACAACAGCUUAAUAUCUUGAAAGACGCUACAAUGUCAGUGAACGGGCCCACAAUCCUGCUGAUGUAUAAUGCUGGACCAGUAGACCUCACUUGGGCCGAUGCAAGUGAUAAAGUUGUGUCCAUUUUAGAGAACUUCUAUCCUGCUCAGACUGCUGGUUCUGCUUUGGCUGAUGUAUUAAAUGGAGUAGUAAGUCCUGGGGGACGCUUACCUUACACUUGGCCAGUCAGCUUAGAUCAAGUUCCUCCAAUAGUGGACUACACUAUGGUCAACAGGACUUACCGCUACUUCCAAAGCGAACCUUUAUACCCAUUUGGCUAUGGACUAUCGUACUCAACUUUCAAGUACUCUGGUUUAACUGUGUCUCCAAGUAGUGUAAAGGCAGGGGGAAAUGUGACAGUAAGUUUGCAGGUCACCAACACUGGAGCCAAGUACACUGCCGAUGAGGUCAUUCAAGUGUACAUCUCAUGGCCAAAUGGAGUAGCAGUAGCUCCUAUCAGACAGCUCGUUGGUGUGGCGAGGAAAACAAUCAAACCUGGAGUCACAUUCUCAGUGUCUUUCACUAUCAGUGGUUAUCAGAUGCAGCUAUAUGACAGCAAGUGGUUCAUCCCUACUGGAAGGAUGACGGUGUAUGCAGGAGGCCAGCAACCAAACCAGACCAGAGUAACUACAUCCAACGUCCUUCAGGCUUUAUUUACUGUGAUAUAAGCGAGUUUUGUCAGCACAGAAUCUGAGAUAGUGAAAUAAUAGUGAAAUACCUUAAUUUAGAACACUGAAGUGCUUUAAUUAUUAUUAUUUUUCAA